AUGCCACGAUGGCAAAGUCAAAGCAAUUCAAAAGCGCAGAGACGGAACUCAAUAUAUGACUUGACGCUAGAUGCAGCAUUUGAGUUUGAUGGUGGAUCAGGAUUUGGCAGUACAUUGCCAUCAAAUAAACCCAUGAAGGCAAUUGAGGGAGCAAGAGCUGCAAUGACGUCUCCUUUAAAUGUCAAGAAAGAUGCAAGACACGCAUUUUCGUUCACAACCGCCGAAGUUUACACAUCACCGAAGAAGAUUCCAGUGUUCCCAGGGACAUUACAUAGCCCAGAAGUGAAAAGGCAAAAACCUCGAGUCAAGCCACCGCGAUUGUCGUCAACGGUGAAAACGGGAGGUGAAUCGUUGUCUAUUCCGAGUGGACCUUCAAAACUUGGAGGAAGUGGAAGAUCGAUGCGAGAACCAUCCCCUCGACCAUUUCUUCGGGCAAUGCUUAGUCGGUCCUUUGGUCAUGAGGAGAACAAAUCUACUUUGAACCAACAAGAAAGUCGUCCGUUUAUCGUUAUAAAUCGCUUUGAUUCUGCAAGCGGAGGGGAUGAUGCGUCUGCUGAGACUACUGCUACUUUGACGACAGCGAUUCUUAAGACCGGAGAAGAUGCAAUCACAUUUUUCGCGCGCAAUGGCUCGCACAAUGAACAAAAAUUUGUAUACUUGAAUCGCGUUCAGACAAAGCGAACAUUUCGGCCGUACGAUCUUGUUGUGGUUGCACAGGACGACGUGGCGCCAAGCGAGCACUUUACUAUGUCAAAAAGUGGACUUGUACACAUUUGUGCUGGUAGCCCCUCUGAAUUCAUUGCACUGGCAGAAUGGAUGCGUGAAUCAACCCUUUUCAACCUAUUGACGUCACUUCGCUUCUUUAAACACUAUCUCGUGACCAAAACAUUCUUGCUUUGGUGUGCUAAUAUUCGAUUCAAACUUUUCUGUCGUCAACGAAAGCGUUUGAGUGCAAAAUUGUUUCUGGCAAGGGAAAGCUUUUGCUCCCCUUUGCUACAAGUGAACAAAGUAUUGAAUACCGAGUUAAUGAGUGUUGUUUUACUCGACGUGCGCGCUCAAAAAACGUACGAAAGCGGAGCAUUUGUUGAGUAUCAAGGAACGAUUCGUGCCGAAGGGUUAAAGCAAUUUGAAGUGUGUAUUGAAAAAUUGCAGUCAAUCAUUCAACGCGUAUGCUCAGACGUUAAGAAACUUACCGAGCCGACACCUUCCGAAGAUAAUGUUAUGUCUGAGUUUUCUUUUAAAGGGAUGGGAGUAAAUCAAGACAAAACCAAAUCGAUUGUAGCUGCUAAAGCUGAACAGCAGCAGAGACGUAAACUCGCUCGUCGAGCUGUUGAGGAAGCUGGAAUGAUUACAAAUUUUAUUCGGCUUGUCGAUUGUAUCACUAUUGCAAGUCUGGUGAAUCUUGCUGUACAUAGCUGUGCUACCUUUUUGCAAGAAUUGAAUAAAGUUCCUCGCAAGACUGGCCUUUUUGAAACGACAGUAUUCUUUAGAGAACGGUUGACACUAUUUGCGCCGACGAGCGAGCAGAUUCAGCUCCUCGUUCUUGCAAUGACGGACGAUAUUGUAAGCACAGUUAGCUCAGUUUCGCGUGUGCUUUACCUUCGGCCAUUUGCACCGUAUGUUGGCAACGUAUUGGCUGACGCUUUUCACUUAGGAUCAAUGAUCACAAGCAAUGCAACGUUUAAACAAAUACGAAAGGAAUUGGUUGAUAAAGUUGAAAACGACUACGCUGAAGCUUCGGAAUACGUUAAGAGUUUUGAUAGUGUGAGGCCAAUCUUCGAGUUUGAUCAAGGGUGGGAUCUCGAGGAAUAUUCACAGAGAGCGCACACUGUUAGCACAUUAAAAGCUGACAUGCAGCAGAUUAGUACAUGGGAAAAAGAGCUGGAGAAGAUGCGAGCGGGGCAGACAGUUGGCAUCUUACAUGUGGAGAGUCGCAAGCUUAAGCAGGCGCUGAUUCCCAUGACGACCGCCAAGCUAGACGCCAUGAAGAGCUUGGUCAAGGACCUAGCACGCGCACGAUGCAAAUCUCAGCUUGCUGAAUAUAAGCAGCGCAUUCAAUUGCUGCUUCAGCGACCGCAGCAUCUUAAAGAAUUCGCUGGGUAUGUAGAGCGUGUGCAGAGUCUAAAAAGCAAGCUCAAAUCCCUUGUCAAAUCCACUGUUGUUGUGGACGAUAUGUACCGACUUUUAAAUACUUAUGGCGUACGCAUUUCAUCGGAAGACAUGGUUCAAUUUGAUGACCUACGUAGUAUUCAAGAAAAUUACAAGGAAGAGACGGAAGCUGUUGACACAUUUGUUGCCAGUCGAAUAGGCGAGAUGACUCAGCAAUUAGAUGCUAACAUCUAUCGCGUAAACGAACAAGUGCUUCAGCUGCACCAUCAGUUGCAAGGAGGUUUGUAUAUCGAUGCAAGUCAUGUCGAGGACCCUUCUUUUGUAAAAAGUGAGCUAGAAAUCGUGAGACAGCGUCUUGCUCAACUGGAUGAACUAUCGAAGCAAUAUACGGAGUACCAAUUAUUGUUCGAUCUUACUCCAUUUGAGUACUCGAACCUGCAGGCGACUCAUGAGUACUUCACGAAUGUGGAUUCACUCUGGACGGCUGUGGAGAAGUGGAAAGAGUUGUACCGAGAAGCUAUGACCCGAUCCUUUGUUGAGAUUAAUGCCGAAAAUUUAUCGAAGGACGUCGCUGUUGCCUAUAAAAAUGCCCAUGAGCUACAUAAGAAACUAAACAAUGACGCUACGGCGGUGCUGAAAGAACGCACAGCGAACUUUAAGCUCAAAUUGCCCACUAUACUUGAUUUGGGUAAUCUAUCAAUGAAAGAUCGGCACUGGGAAAAACUUUUUAAGGUACUGCGGCAACCGUGGUAUCCUGGUCUUCCAUUUACAUUAGAAAAUCUUGUGGCUUACGACAUAUUUGACAUGAAAGAGUUGGUUGGAGAGAUAUCAGCAACAGCUUCGGGAGAAGCUCAAAUUGAGGCAUCGCUGCAAAAAAUUAAAUAUGGCUGGGAGCAAAUGGAGUUUACGUGCGUGAACCAUCGUGAUCAAAGUGAUGUGUUCAUUCUAGGUAGUCUAGAAGACGUGUUGACAUUGCUUGAAGAUGAUCAGGUCAGUCUUCAGACGAUGAUGGGAUCGCGAUAUAUUCUUGGUGUUAAAGAAGAAGUCGAACGAUGGAGCAAGCGCUUGUCAUUGCUGUCAGAAACAUUAGAUGAAUGGAUAGCAUGUCAGCGCAGCUGGAUGUACCUGGAAACGAUAUUUUGUGCCGAUGAUAUACAAAAGCAGCUGCCUGUCGAGGCACAAAAGUUCGCUCUUGUUGACAAGAAUUGGAGAACGAGAAUGCUCCGAAUCAAACACAGUCCAAAUGUCAUUAAAUCGGUCGACGCUGGUUCGGAGUAUUUAGACCAGUUUCGUGCGUCAAACAAGGUACUGGAAGAGAUUCAAAAGUCGCUGGAAGACUACUUAGAGACCAAGCGUAUGACAUUCCCGCGCUUUUACUUUCUUUCAAAUGACGAGCUUUUAGAAAUUCUGUCUCAGACGCGUGAUCCACGUGCUGUCCAGCCGCAUUUGGGCAAGUGUUUUGAUGCUAUGAAGAGUGUACAGUUUGAUGACACAUCUGGUUCGGCUCGUAAUCUUGUUCAAGCAAUGGUCAGUGGCGAAGGUGAGUUGGUUCUGUUUUCUACGCCAGUAAAAGCAAAGGGUCCUGUCGAAUCGUGGCUUUCCGACGUGGAGAAAGCAAUGCGAACAAGCCUUUACGAGGACGGUGUGAAAGCGUUAAUGAAUUAUCCUGUCGAGGAUGCCAUCGACCGUCAAGAUUGGCUAUUUGGGUACGCGGCCCAGAUGAUCAUCUUGGUGGAUCAGGUCUUUUGGACACGUAAUGUUACGGAGGCGAUUGUGCAAGUAGAGAACGGCACUGAUAUCCAUGCUGUCGAUAGCUUUCUUCAGUUUAGCUUGAAGCAGAUUGAUGGGAUGGUACAGCUUGUUCGUGGAUCCUUGACGAAGCUUCAACGCAUUUUAAUGGGUGCUGUCAUCACUAUUGAUGUGCACGCCCGAGAUGUGGUACGCUCAUUAGCGGAGAGCAAAGUGGCAUCGCUCAGUGACUUUGAAUGGACUCGACAGCUUCGAUAUUACUGGGAAGACGAUGUAAAGAACUUCGUUGCGCGUCAAACCAACACUCGCUUUAUAUAUGGCUACGAAUAUUUAGGGAAUUCGCCGAGACUCGUAAUCACCCCGUUGACGGACAUUUGCUACAUGACACUGACAGGAGCGCUACAUCUACGCCUUGGUGGCGCUCCUGCUGGCCCAGCUGGUACCGGCAAGACUGAAACCACCAAAGAUCUGGCAAAAGCGUUGGCAGUUCAGUGCGUCGUAUUUAAUUGCUCGGAUGGAUUGGAUUUCAAGAUCAUGGGGCGCUUUUUUUCUGGCCUUGCACAAGCGGGUGCAUGGGCUUGCUUUGACGAAUUUAACCGAAUUGAUAUUGAGGUAUUAUCUGUGAUUGCACAGCAAGUACUUUGCAUUCAGCAGGCGAUUGUGGCUGAUCUGAACGAGUUUGAAUUCGAAGGAAGUCUUAUUAAGCUGAAUACUGGAUUUGGCGUUUUCAUCACGAUGAACCCUGGGUACGCCGGUCGUACAGAGCUACCAGACAACUUGAAAGCGCUUUUUCGCCCUGUUGCGAUGAUGGUGCCGGAUUAUCGGCUUAUUGCCGAAAUUGUGCUUUUUUCUGAGGGAUUUGCAAAUGCAUUGCCGCUUUCUCACAAGAUGACGCAACUUUAUUCGCUCUCUAGUGAACAGUUAUCGAAACAAGACCAUUAUGAUUUUGGAAUGCGUGCAGUUAAGUCUGUUCUUGUUGCUGCUGGUCAGUUAAAGCGCAAGGAACCAGAUAUGCAGGAGGAAUUACUUCUUAUUCGAGCAAUGCGCGAUAGUAAUGUCCCGAAGUUUCUUGAGCAGGAUCUCCCGCUCUUUCGUGGUAUCAUUGCGGAUCUCUUUCCAGGCGUGGUGGUACCGUUCGUUGACUAUGGACUGCUUCAAGAAUCCAUUGAACAGCAACUGGACCUGCUGCACUUGCAGCGAGUGCCUUCGUUCAUCUCUAAAGCCAUUCAGGUACACGAAACUCAACUUGUGCGGCAUGGUAUGAUGCUUGUGGGUGAAGCUGGAAGCGGAAAAAGUACCAACUGCGAUGUCCUAGCGCGAGCACUUACUCAACUGUAUCAGGAUGGAGUUGUCGAUCGCGAUGGUUAUUACAAAGAGGUACAGCGGCUUAUACUGAACCCGAAAUCAAUUACAGCAGGGCAGCUUUAUGGCGAGUUCAAUCACCUCACCAAUGAGUGGACAGACGGUCUUGUGCCGAAAUUAGUUCGACAGUGUGUACAGGAAGCAGCCGAGUCGGAUCGUCGAAACUGGGUUAUCUUUGACGGCCCAGUGGAUGCUGUCUGGAUUGAGAACAUGAAUACGGUGCUAGAUGACAACAAGACGCUAUGUCUUUCAAACAGCGAGCGAAUCAAGCUGCCACAAACGCUGCAUAUGAUGUUUGAAGUACAAGAUCUACGCGUGGCAUCACCGGCAACAGUGAGUCGCUGUGGAAUGGUGUACAUGGAGCAAGUUCACGUUGGGAUGACAUCAUUAGCACGUACUUGGCGAGCUACGACACUGAAGCUUCUUCUGCCUAAACAUCCGGAGCUGUGCAACCUAUUGCUGGAACUAAUUGAGACCAAUGUUCCGGUUGCGAUUGCAUUUGUGCGUGAAAAUUGCCACGAAAAAAUACCCAGCAACGAUCACAAUCUCAUGCAGAGCUGCUUAAAUCUUCUAGCCUCUUGUUUGGACAAAGUGACUUGGUCUGUGGGCGCUAAUAUCGACGAUACCUCGCGCCCCAAAUUUAAUGAUUUUUGCAUGCGUCAAUUUGGCUCGUUGAUCGACAGUAGUCAAGAUGGAGUACAGACUAGAAGUGUGUACGAAGUGGUUGUUGAUGAUACGACCGGCAAAUGGGUUUCCUGGGCUGAUAAGACACCAGCAUUUACAUUUGUGCCUGAUGCCUCGUACUUUACUAUGGUCGUUCCGACACAAGACACGACUUGCUUCAGAUUUCUUCUCGAGAAACUCAUGCUUGCAAAUUAUCACGUGCUUUAUAGCGGUGAGACUGGAGUAGGGAAGUCGGUUGUUGUACAAUCGUUUUUGGACGAGAAAGCCAAGACUGACAACUGUUUGACGUCAACUAUGAGCUAUUCUGCUCAAACAAAGCCUCGCAACUUGAACGAAGUGUUUGAGCUUCGGCUAGACAAGAAGCGUAAAAAUGUUCUUGGGACACCAGAAGGAAAGCGCAUGCUUUUUUUUGUAGAUGACCUGAACAUGCCAGCACUCGAAAUUUACGGAGCACAGCCACCAAAUGAGUUGCUGCGGCAAAUCAUUGAUCAAGGCGGGUACUACGACACCUCGAAACUGUUUUACAAAAAUGUUGAAAAUGUGGUCUUUGCAGCAGCAUGUGCACCUCCUGGCGGUGGUCGCACCGAGGUGAACCCUCGUUUGCUGCGCCACUUUCACAUGGUCUGGAUUUCCAAUCUUUCAACUGAAGUUAUGCAACGCAUAUUCUCAUCUAUAUUAGGAGGCUUUUUCGGUGCCGAGCUACCAGUGAUGACUCAUUUGGCCGUCCCCAUUGUUGAUGCCUCCGUGGAGCUAUACCAACAGGUAGAGGUUGAGAUGUUACCGACACCGUCGAGAUCACACUACACUUUUAAUCUUCGGGAUCUUUCUAAGGUCUUCCAAGGUAUAUUAAUGGUGAAACAAGAAAAUGUACCGACAGAAGAUGAUCUGCUAACGCUUUGGUUGCAUGAGGAGACUCGUGUCUUUCGCGAUCGUCUCGUUGAUACAAAUGAUCGUACUUGGUUUAAUGUGACUUGUUCACAACUUUUGGCGAAGAAAUUUAAUGUGACAUGGCCACCUUCACGCUUUGAAAACCUCUUGUACGGUGACUUCAUGGCGCGUGAAAUCCGUAGCUAUCGACGUAUUGAAAAUAUGAGACAGCUUAACUCACUGCUCUCAGAGUACUUGGAUGAUUACAACAUCACAUUUCCGAGUCAAAUGCACCUGGUAUUUUUUAAUGACGCUAUACACCACAUUUUGCGGAUUUGUCGUGUGUUACGACAACCACGUGGUAAUGCUUUACUUGUUGGUAUUGGAGGCUCAGGUCGCCAAAGUUUAACACGUCUCGCAUCGUUCAUUGCGGACUACAAAUGCUUCUCAAUUGAGAUAACUCGAGGCUAUGGUAUGAAUGAGUUUCACGGAGAUCUCAAGAACGUUUUGAUGACUGCAGGCGCAUAUAACACACCAGUCGUCCUCCUCUUUUCUGAUACGCAAAUAGUUAAUGAGUCAUUUCUUGAAGACAUUAAUAACAUACUCAAUACUGGGGAGGUACCAAACCUGUACGCGAAUGAUGAAAUAGAAAAAAUUGUGGGCCUCGUUCGCCCAUUAGCCCAACAAGUCGGAAAGGUUUCUCGUGAAGACGUUUUGCAGUAUUAUGUGACGCUUGUGCGGGAUAACUUGCACGUUGUUCUAGCCUUUUCUCCCAUCGGUGCCGGCUUUCGCAAUCGAUGUCGAAUGUUCCCUUCGCUUGUUAAUUGCUGCACGAUCGACUGGUUUAAUGCGUGGCCCGAAGACGCGCUUCAUUCUGUGGCCCAUCGCGUAUUUUCUUCGAAUGCUGAUGAACUUGGAAUUGAGCAUCACGUUGAAACACUAUGCCGAACUGCUGUGAUGAUCCACCGUAGUGUGGAGGAAGCCACGCUUCAGUUCUACAAACAGCUAAAACGACAAAACUACACAACACCGACAAGCUACUUGGAACUCAUCCGUUUAUACGUAGAUAUGUUACGUACGCAUCGCCAACUUGUGCGUGCAAAGGAGGCACGUUACCGUGGUGGUCUACAGAAGCUUACAGAAACAGAAGAGGUGGUUGGAAAUUUGCAGAGCUCGCUGACAGAACUGCAGCCAGUGCUCGCACAAGCUCAAAACGACACUUUGUUGCUACUCAACCAAGUGGCUCAGGAUCAGGCCGAAGCUGACAAGCAGCAACAGCUCAUUCAAGCUGAUGUGGAAGCUGCGAAUAAGAUUGCUGCCGAAGUGAAAGUGAUCAAAGAUGACUGUCAAAAAGACUUGGACGAAGCCAUGCCGGCAUAUUAUGCGUCAAUUCGGGCUUUAUCACAGCUGAAAAAGGAUGAUAUCACGGUGCUUAAGACCUUUACAAAUCCUCCGAGACUAGUGGGCGUGACAAUGAAUGCUGUGUGCUUGCUUUUUGGAGUCAAACAAGAAUGGAAUGAAGCCAAGAAGCUCCUGAAUGACAUGAAAUUCCUUGAGAGACUAAAAGAGUUUGACAAGGAUAAUAUACCUUCCAAAACUAUUCGACAGCUUCAAAAAUUCAUUUCCGAUGAAGAAUUUACGCCUGAGACGUUAAGCAGCAUUUCGACUGCAGCUACAUCUCUCUGUAUGUGGGUACGCGCAAUGUACACUUACGAUACAGUCGCCAAGAAUAUUGAGCCAAAAAAGGAGAAUCUUAAGAUCGCCGAGCAGAGACUUGAAGUAGAACAAAAGCAGCUCAACGUCAAACAGAAUGGGCUGAACGCAGUACUUAAAAAGGUUGCGGAUCUGAAGCACAUUUUGGAAAUAACGCAACAAAAACGAGUAGACUUGGAGAUGCAGUCGGAAAAAACACAGGCGCAGCUUCUACGUGCUGAACGUUUGAUUGACUCGCUUGGUGAAGAGCAAGGUCGCUGGAAAGAUUGCGCUGAACAUCUUGCCAGUGAUAUGAUUAACCUUGUUGGUGACAUAAUUAUAUCUGUCGGAUGCAUUGCGUAUCUCGGACCAUUCACAUCUGAAUUCCGUCAUGAGCUUCAAGCCAAAUGGGUCUCAUUUUGUAAAAGUAGUCAUUUACCGGUUGAUGAAAACUUUUCCUUUCAGCGGGUCCAGGCAGAUCCCGUUGUAGUCCGCGAGUGGAAUAUUAUGGGGCUGCCUGCCGAUACUUUUUCAAUCGAAAAUGGUUUGUUUACAACGAUGGGACGGCGCUGGCCGCUCAUGAUCGAUCCACAGGGACAAGGCAAUAAAUGGAUCAAAAACAUGUACAAAGCAUCAGGAUCGUUGCAGAUAAUAAAGCUAACGCAAAAAGAUUUUCUGCGCACAUUAGAAAAUGCCAUUCGAUACGGCUCUCCUGUGAUGCUCGAAAAUGUAGAAGAGGGUCUCGAUCCGUCGCUUGAACCUGUGUUACUCAAGCAGACGUUUAAGCGGGGUGGGCAAAAUCUUCUUCAUCUUGGUGAUACUGACGUGCCGUACAGCGACAACUUCCGCUUCUUUAUCACCACAAAAUUGGCAAAUCCUCACUACAUGCCCGAAGUUUGUGUCAAAGUAACCAUCAUUAACUUUACUGUCACACUAACGGGUCUCGAGGACCAAUUGCUUGUUGAUGUCGUUCGAAACGAACGACCUGAUCUUGAGCUUAAAAAGAACGAGCUGACUGUGAAAAUCGCUGCGGACAAAAAGCAACUUAAAGAGAUCGAAGAUAAGAUCUUGCACAUGCUUGAGAACUCUGAGGGAAAUAUUCUCGAUGAUGAAGAGCUGAUAAACACGCUAGCCCAUAGCAAAGUUACCUCGUCGGCGAUUAAAACACGCAUGUCGGAGGCUGAAACGACGUCCUUGGAGAUCGACCAGACGCGCGAAGGAUACCGAUGUGUCGCAGUGCGUGGCUCCAUCAUAUAUUUUGUAAUUGCUAACCUCGCACUUGUGGAUCCCAUGUACCAAUACUCGUUGCACUUCUACCAGAAGCUCUUUGUCACACGGUUGCAAAACACGGCGAGGUCGGAAGUUCUGGAAAAGCGCUUAGAAAUCCUUAUGCAGGACAUUACAACAACUAUGUUUGUCAAUAUUUGUCGUGGGCUAUUUGAAAAGGACAAAAUAACUUACGCAUUCAUGAUAGCAGCAAGUAUCCUCCUACAUCGCGGUACAAUUUCACCGUCUGAAUGGUCUUUUUACCUUGUCGGAGACAAAAGAAGCUCCGCAUUACAAGGCGCACAAAUGGAAUCAUGUGGGCUCUCACGUCCGUCGUGGCUGCCAGACCGUAUAUGGAAGACUGUCGUUGGUAUGAAAAAUAUCUCGUCUGCGUUUACAGAUCUGGCCACAUCGGUAGAACAACAAGAGGCCGAGUGGAGACGUGCCAUGUCGUCAGCCGAUCCACAUGCUGAAGCUCUUCCGGAGCCUUGGGAAUCCAGUCUUGCGAACUUUCAGAAGUUGCUGGUGCUGCGCGUCUUUCGAGAAGAAAAAAUAGUCUUUGGUACUCGCGAGUUCGUCAGGCGUGAGCUGGGAAACAUUUUCACAGAGUCUCCUCCCUUCGACUUGGCUGGCUGUUAUCGAGACUCGAGGCCGGAGACACCUUUGAUAUUUGUGCUGUCGCCUGGCGCUGAUAUCAAUGAUUACCUACUCGAACUCGCAAAACAAGAAGGGAAGGAGGGGUCUGGUCUAAAAAUUAUCUCAAUGGGUCAAGGUCAGGGGCCUAUAGCUGAAGCGCUAAUGAAACAAGCCAUGCAAGCCGGUGAUUGGGUGUGUUUGCAAAAUUGUCAUUUGGCUGCCUCAUGGCUUGGUCGACUCGAGCAGAUCUUGGAUUCAAUGGUGAUGGAUGAAAUGCAUGAUAGCUUUCGCUUGUGGCUCACAAGUAUGCCAAGUCCACGAUUUCCUGUGCCUAUUCUACAAAAUGGCAUAAAAAUUACAAACGAGCCACCGAGAGGAAUCAAAGCGAAUUUGGGACGUACGUUUCGCGAUAUCAAAGAAGCCGAUUACGAGGCUUGCACAAAACCACGUGAGUACAAAAAGCUGUUGUUUGCUCUUGCAUUUUACAAUGCAGUGUGUCUGGAGCGACGCAAGUUCGGCGCGGUCGGGUGGAAUAUACCUUACGAGUGGAUGAAUAGUGACUUGAAGACGGGCAUGCAACAGGUAAGGCUGUAUCUUGAGGAACAGGAAGAGGUUCCAUACUCGACGCUCAAUGUCAUGGUGGCGGACAUUUCUUACGGCGGGCGAAUUACGGAUCGAUGGGAUAAGCGCACAAACUCGAGUAUCAUGCGUAAACUCUUUUGCAAAGACGUUAUGGACAAUUCAUACCGAUUCACGACCUCUGAUUUUUAUUACGCGCCACCGGAAGGAUCUCUAGCUAGUGUUCGAGAAUAUGUUAGCUCGCUACCAACUACAGAUGCGCCGGAUAUUUUUGGUCUUCAUGCUAACGCCGACAUCACUUUUCAGCAAAAGGAAACAGGUUUGCUGCUUGGCACAAUCCUAAAGAUGUUGGGUGGUGGUGGUGAUAGCGAGGCAGCUGAUGGCAGUCGCAACUCACUGGGGAUCUUUCUCUCGCAAGAAAUGAUUCGCUUUAAUGUGCUGACUCAGGUCAUAAACUCCACGCUUGAGAUGCUGAAGCGCGCUAUCAAAGGGCUUGUAGUCAUGUCAGGACCACUUGAAAAAAUGUACAACGGAUUUUUACUGCAGCAGAUUCCCAGCGAAUGGGAGAACGCCGGCUACCCGUGCUUGAAACCGUUGGCCUCAUGGAUUGAAGAUUUCUUCAUGCGAAUUAAUCUAACAAACAACUGGCUGGUAAAUGGGCCACCAAAUGCUUUUUGGUUGCCAGGCUUCUUCUUCCCUCAGGGUUUCAUGACAGCCAUUAAACAGUCAUUCUCGCGCGAUAGGCAGAUCGCAAUCGAUGCCCUCGUCGUCUCGUGCGAAAUUAUGGCUCACGACAGAGAACAUUAUAGCGCUCCACCGCCUUUUGGCGUGUACAUUUUUGGACUUUUCAUGGAGGGUGCGCGAUACGACAGAACCACUGGAACGAUAGCGGAAUCUGUUCCCAAUGAGCUGUUUGAUCGCAUGCCAGUCAUCUGGCUCAAGCCAAUGCGACGAGAAGAGUACCAGCCUACAGACGUGUACGAAUGUCCUCUUUAUAAAACCUCGAUUCGCGCCGGCACAUUAUCGACUACCGGCCACUCCACCAAUUUCGUUGUUUCCCUCAACGUCCCGACAGACAAAAGUCCUGAUCACUGGAUCCGUCGCGGCUGCGCAAUGCUUUGCAUGUUGGACACCUAA